AUGAGUGUCUUCGGAGAUUUUCAGCGUGUGUGGGUGCAACGUUUUCCCGAGAGUGCCCUCCCAGCAGCUUGGGAGGAAGAUGUCAGAGCUAAUUUGGCUAAACAUAAACAGAAAGUUGCGAUUCUCAGGGAAGAGUUGGAGAAGGAAGAAUUCUAUGUUGAAUAUUUAGAGACUCUUUUGUCGGACGUCGAAAAACAUAAAGCAUCUCAGGAAAGCAGAACGGCGCCGCCCUCAGGGGCUGACACGAAUGAUGAUAAGACAUCUGAUAGCAAACAGGAUUCCAACACUGACUCAUUAUCAAAGAAGAGUGAAUCAAGUUUAAAAAGCGAUGACUCAAUAGAGGGAGCCGAGAAUGAUGAGGUCCAUUUGAGGAAAAAACCAAUAAACUUUGCAGAAAGGAGUUCUGUUAACCAAUGCAUCAAUGAGCUAUCUUCAAAUCUAGCGGCAGAAGCUCGGAGACGUUGUAAUAGUGAAAUUGUACAACGAACUGACAAUGACAAUAGUGUAGAUGUAGAACCAAAUAAGACACAAAACAAGAACCGUCCAGCAUCACAAGCGGGUGAUUUUGUUACUGUGAUUGAAGUGAAUGGUCUCAAAGCAGCUGAGAAGGCAGCCAAGAAGUCAGAUGACUCUACACCAUCAUCGGAAAGUAAUUCCUUGGAAUCUGCACCUCCUGUUAAGAAGAAAGUACCACCAAAACCACCACCGAAAGUGUUCAACAAGCGUGGCGCUUCGCUGCCAGAGUCUGGCCUAGCGGAAGACAGUCCUCCAUCUUCCUUACGACGGCUGAGGAACGCUGAUUCCAGGGAAUCAAUCACCAGUCGAGCCUCUACACCAUCCAUAAGCGAAAGGGUUAAAAGCUAUGAAUCAAUCAAUUCAUUGUCUUCGGAGCGCAAGCGUUCAGGUGGUGCGGCUACCCCUCGUUCUAUAGACGAGGAAGUAACUUCAACGACUCCCGAUCUACACGAGGGUUCUGAUGAUAAGUCAGCACCGAUAUCACUAGAGAGUAUACCAGCUGUGCCCUCUACCGAGGAUGAACCGUACUACGAUCAAGUUCCCGUGGACAUCAAUGAUGGGGAAUACGUCUACAUACAAGCCGGAGGCGCCGGUACUAGUUCUAGUGCGGAGGAAGUUAGCGCGGUGCCGGCAGCCUCUGCCCCGCCGGCUCCCGAUUCACCUCCCUCCGCAGUCGCACCGAACUACGUCAACAUACACUACUUCAUACAACAUGCCGGUGAAGGUACGGAACCAAGUGAGACCGGUGAAUUGGCUGAUUCAAGUGAUACACCGCUUCUAUUGAGGACCAUAUCCUCUGACACAGAAGCCAGCGCUACACCACCCGUAUUAAGAAAACUACAGCAACAGGUUUGUAUAAUGAGAUCUAAGAUUAUCGCGAGUCUUAUUUAA